UAAAUCAAUUGCCAAUUUAGAUAGUUGUGACUGCUAGUGAAUAGUUAAUUAAGAAUUAUCAUCUUAAUGGAUGUAAACGAUUUAGAUUUUAGGUUUCAUUUUGUUUUUUAUACAUUUUCAAUUGUUGACAAUGUCAGGAAAACUAGGAAUCAGAUCUUCAACUGACGUAUGUGCUGACUGUGGAGAAAUAGAUCCACAAUGGGCAGUGGUGAAUAGAGGACUGCUAAUAUGUGACCUGUGCUGCAGCAUUCACCGUAGUCUUGGUCGUCACGUUUCCCAGAUAAAGCACUUAAAGAAAUCAGCAUGGAGUCCUUCAUUACUGGCUAUGGUCCAAGCCCUGAACAACAGCAACAUCAACACUCUUUGGGAACACACUCUCUGUGAUCCAAAAUCCCCCAAGAAGAAACCUCACACACGAGAUGCCUUACAUCCGACCAAAGCAGACUUCAUCCGAGCCAAGCACCAGCUGUCGUCCUAUGUGCUGCGCUCUAGUGACACUGAGGAGGAACUCAAUCAGCAGCUGCACUCGAGUGUACGAACCGGCAACUUGGAGACUAGCCUGCGGCUGUUGGCACAAGGGGCUGACCCUAACUACUACCAUGAGGAGAAGGGCACCCGUCCCAUCCAUGUUGCGGCCCGGGCAGGUCAGAUUGGUCAGGUGGAGUUGUUGGUGUCACACGGUGCAGACCCAGGCGCACUGGACAUGCAGGGCAACACACCAUCUGCCUGCGCCAGACUGAGUGGCUACAGAGAUGUGAGUCAGAGACUGAUAGAGCUGUUGUACGAGGUGCCAGACAGACUGACGUACUUCUUGUGUCGCCGCAGACCAGACCACGCCUCAGGACAACAUUUCCUAGUUCCUGAGAUCGCUGACUGUCUAGAGGCCCCUCAGCUUACCAAGGAAGCAAGAGCCAAACUGCAACAGCUGUCCAACUCUCUGUUUGAAGACCUGGCAAUGGAUGUGUAUGACGAAGUAGAUCGAAGAGAAAUAGAAGCAAUCUGGCUAUCCAACCCUACGUGUGCUGAACAUAACUCCGUCCCGUUCCUACCUGUCAACCCAGAGCUGUCGACAAUGCGCAACCAAGGUCGUCAGAAGCUGGCGAGGUUCAGUCAGCGAGAGUUCGCCUCUCUCGUCAUCGACAUACUGACUGAUGCCAAGCGAAGACAGUCUCCGACAGACAGACUGAGCUUGUUGAGGAACCUCACCAAAGACGUCUCUGAUGACGAGCCUCUCUACGACAGUGUCGCGUCUGAUGAGGACUACGCUUCAGCUGAACAGAUCGCUGCACUGGUUGCUGCUAACCUCAAAGGUCCAGAGAAGGCAGAACCAGUAAACUCUGCUCCGCCCCCAGCACCUGCUGCGGAGGUCAAAACUCCCUCUGCUGCGGAGGAGGAACUACGCAGCAGACUGACAGCGUCUCAGCUGCGGAUUGUCCAGUUGGCCGCGGAGGUGCAACGACUCAAUCUCAAGGUGGAGGAAAUGACCAAAGAGAAUCAGGAACUGAAGACCGCUGUCCAGCACAACAGUAUGGCAGUGACCAGUGACCCGGAGACUGAGCCUGUCAGUCUGCCACAGCGACCGGUCAGCAUGUACGAGACACGGGACUGUCUGCGGACACAGACUGCGCUGAUGCCCCAGUCAGAGGAGGUUGUGCGCCGGACAGACCAGGUCACUAAGCGGCUACAGGAGCUGUGGUCCACCAUGCAGUCCAAGCAUGCACUGGUGCCUUGCGCCGAGCGGAUCAGGGUGGCAGUGGCCGAGCUCACUGCCAUCUUUCCUCAGAAGCAAGGGGACGAGAUAGUGCGUUCCGCAUUGCGUCAGUUAAACACGUCCACUGUGCGACUGCAAGCCGAGUGCGCAGGGUUGGAGAACAGCGCUGAACGUGUACGAUCCUGCGCAUACAACAUGGCCAAAGCUACGAGACAGCUGCUUACUAGGUUCCAGUGAAUGCCAGACAUACGUUCAACUUCCUCCACAUUUACGUAUUGAGAAAAUCAGUGUACUUCCUCACGUGUUCAAGUUUAAAAGCGUUUAAAAGAUCUGUUGUAGGUAUAAAGUGCUUUUGAGCACACAGAAGUUACAUUAAGAGUUUUUAACAUAUUUAGGUUACUGAUAAACAAAAAUACUGGGCAAGUUAUUCAUUACUGACAUAAUACAUCGAGAGUAACAGUUAAUUUAUUAUUUGGUGACCUCAGAAUUAUACUUGUUUGAUUAUUUUUACAUAAAAUACCUAAAUACUCUAUACAAACAGAGUUCAAAUAACCUUUUAAACUCCUCUUAACAACUAUCAUUGUGGGAGUGAAAUUCCAAGAUUUUUUUAAAAUAAAGCUCGAUAACAAAGCUUUUUUUGUUCACAUUACAUUGUACUGUUCACCUUGUGUUUACAUUUAAUCAAGAUUCUCCCAGUAUUUUUAAAUUUUCUGUGUUCAAUAUACGUCCAUAAAUGUUGCUGCUCUAAAUAACUUCAUAAAUGAAAGGUCAAUUGAGGAUUUUGUAAUUUAUACGUUUAACAAUCCUAAAUCCUCAGGCUUACCUUACUGGCAAAAGUAACAAAAUAGAUAAGAAUACAUGAAUAAACACGUUAGACAUCAAAUUUUCAGAGCUACUUUAAGGUUCGGUUAAAGUUUUUACAGAAAUAAAACUAACAAAAAAUAUGCAUAUUUUUCCCUUGCAUAUCAAUAGUAAAAAUACCUCCAAUAAGACUAGUUUGUAAUUGUUCAAAAUAAUGUUGAAGAAAAAAUUUAUCUUUUGGGUAAGAUAUUAGCGAAUGAGUUUUUAAAAGAUUAUAUGAAGAACCCUGAAGGAUAAAAAACUACUGUGGGACUAAAAAAAUAAUGGGGUGGUUUGGGGUAAAAUUCAAGUUGUUCACUUAUGGAGAAUAUGCUAAUAGUAUCUAUAUUUUAUUAUAUUGCCAAUAGAAUAGUAUUUUAUCGUAAUCUACAAUUAAUUAUAUUUACCCUCAUUGACUAAUAAGUGUGCCUUAUUUUACCACAAUCCUCUUUGAAUUUAUCAUUGGUUUUUCUUGAUGAAUGUACUUUUACUGUUGUAUUAGUAGUGUUAAGUUUAAUUUAUUGACUGUUAAUAUAUUUUGAUGUUUUAUGAAAAUGUUGUACCAUAAUCCAUCCUUGGCCUAAUCUGUUAAUGCGUUUAUAGAUGAUGUGUGAUGUGUUGCUAAUAUAACCUAAUUUACACCUAAUUUAGGAAUAUGUUCUUCCAAUUUAUUUUGAAUAUACAGUAUAUAUUAUUCAGGGCUGUGCGAAUAGUUUGAAAAACGAAUUGAAUCCGAAUCUUUGGAGAUUCGAUUCGGAUUGAAGAACAAAUCUACUGUUUCUAACUGUAUUUGAAUACGGAAUCGAUAUUCAAAUUUACCGGAAAGAUAUCCAGGUUCGGAUUGGAUAUUCAAAUUUACCGGAUUUGGAUUCAAUAUAAUUUUCAUCAUCUGAUUUUGAUUCCAAAUAGUGGGUCCAGUAUUCGAAGAUUAGAAACAAAAGCACUUAAGCACCAACUGACGGCUGACCCAGCAAAAUGUAUUUUCCUUCAGUAUUGCCAUUGGAUUGUAUAUUGCCAUAAUAGUUUUGCAUGCAUAUUAUUAUCGAGUAGUUAAUCGACGAUUUGACAAUCGACUCUUAUGUUAAAGUUGUUGAAUUACACAGGUUUUCACUUCACUCGGUCAGUUUUAGUUAUUCUGUCAGUUGGUUUUUGAACCAACAGAGACCGAAAUGGUGUUUGGGUUUUCAAAUAGGUAGGCCUAAAUUAUAUAAUUUUUUUUAUUUUGCCCAUUUCAAGGAUAUUUUCUUCUGGCACUUUUGAGGCAAUUCCCUAUUUCAGACCCAGAAAACGUGGUCUAUAAAUGGAAAAAUUGGUAAAAACUGCUGACUUUCCUCGGAUUUGUAUUCAACUUGGAACUGGUUUUAAAAUUUUGAUUUGAUAACAGCUGUAAAUUUGAGAUUUGGAUUUGAUCUGGGUUCGAUAAUGGCUGUAAUAUUGAGAUUCGGAUUCGAUUAAACCUGUACAGCUAUGAUUCGGAUACGGAUUUGAACCAAAAUUUCUGGAUUCGCACAGCCCUGUAUUGUUAUUGGUGAAAAAAAUAGAUUGUACUGUGACCAUAAAAGACUGACAAAAGUUAUGGCCAUGACAUAAAAGUUUGGUUUCUUUUAUAUAGUCUGCAUAAAUUUGAUUUUCUUUUAAGUUUUUGUGUUAUAUUAGCUUAUAAGGCUUGAGAAGUUUAUUUUAUUCAAUAUUUGGAAAUGUAAUGCUUAGCAAUGAAUACAGAACCUUAUAAGAAGAGAAACUGCCAUAUUAAAAGACGCGACGCUACGAAGAUUUCCACCAGUAGUUCACGAAGAAUUAUGUAGGAAGCGCUAGCGUCGCCAGCCAAGACUUCAAGAACUACCGCUGGCGGACAUCUUUGUAGCGUCACCUCUUUUAAUAUGGCAGUUUCGCUUCUUAAAAGGUUCUGUAUUCAUUGUGCUUGGUUACUUAUCCAUCAUACUAGUUAGUGUUUAGGCUAGUGAGAUAUCCAUAUUAAUCAAAAGUCUUUAAUUUCUCUUUUCCUUAUAAGAAGAGUUUAUGUGUAAUUUCAUUUAGCAAUUUCUAUCCCUCAAAGUUUACCCAAAAUGUUUUUUUUUUCAACCUUACUAUUAUUUUUUCAAUUUUAGCAGCGUGAUUUUUAAUAUCCUAACACCAAAGGAAUCGAUGUAGGCCUAGUUUAUAUCUAACUAUAAAUCUAUUGUUACUAUAGUAUUAAAUGUAAUAUUGCUUGUGCUGUGUAUAUCUAAAAGCUUGACUAUAUAUUUUUUUGUGGAUAAAAAAACAUAUAGAAGUCUUCCCGCUUGGUGCUUAUAUAAUUUUAUCAUUGUUGUAUAUUUUUGCCUGAGAGCACAAUUUUACAUGCUGUUAGUUUGUACAGAUUCAUUAGAUUGUAAAUAAUACAAACCGUUGUAUUAAUUUCAUCCCUUAAAAAUAUUUUAAUCCAUUCAUUCACCUUGAAAUGUUCUCUUUAUUUGUAAGAACUGUAUUUGACCUUUUGUGCUCGGUUGGCCAGUCAUUUUUACCUUGUCUUUGAAGUGAAUUGUAUUAAAAUCAGCUGCCUCUGAGACUUACGGCCUAUGCUACUGGCCGUUGAUGUAAAUCUAAUUUUAUUUAUAAUUAUUUUAGUUUUAAAACUGCUCCCUAGGAAUUAAAAUCUUAAAAGAUGUAGCACCAAACAACUUAUUGUAUAAAAAAACUUGUUUUACCAUUGAUGCGGGGCCUUCUUUAGCGUUUGAGUGUCUGAUAGUUCUGGGCUUUCCUGACAAAAAAGAGUUAAAGAUUAUGUUGGUCCCAAUCAAUUUAUAUUUUUUCAAAAAGGAUUUCAGCUCUCCGUAAUUGUUGGAGGAUAUUUUAACCGGAAUAAUUAGUUUAAACGUUUUAUUUAAAUGUUUAUUUUCCACUUAAUUUAUAUCAUCCAAGCUAUUUUAUGCUUUUGUUCAGGUCACAUCUAUUAUAUAAGGUAAAAAUUAUAACAAUAAAGUUAAGUAUAGUUCCCUACCCUGUGCCUAUUAUCGCUAUACUAAAGAAUUAACUUACUGUUAUUGUAUGCUAUAAUCAGACACUAUAAUUAAUAAUUAGAUGCUAGGCUCCAAUAGAAAUAUUUUGUACUGGCUCAAAAUUAGAGAGGCUACAAUAAAUUACUACAUGAAAGACAUUUUAUCAGUACAACGAUUGCAAUUCUAAAUUAUUUAAAAAAUAAUAGUUGUGUAUUUUUAAUAAAAUAACUGUUAUAUUAACUAUUUUAGGUAGGUAGUAUUUAAUAAUGUAUUAUGUAGAUACUUCCAUUAAAUUACCACAUUUAUUUUUCAAAAGACUGACCAGUAUUGUAUCUUGAAAAGUUUUGUUUGCGUUUUUGAAAAACUACAAGUAAUUAAUCUUUGUAUAUUUUUUCUUGUAACCAGAUUUUGUUAUAAUUAAUAAAAAAGGUAAU